UUGUACACCACAAAUAUACCCAACUUUUAUUUGUCAAUUACACUUUAAUAAAGCUGGGGGAAGCAACUUUUUUUGGGCACAGCAUCCGGCUUUUAUUUACUAACUUUGAGAACAGAGUACCUUGAUCAAUUAAACGGUAGGGAGCGCUGUGGAGACAGCAUCCUCCCCAGUCCGGGAAAAGAGGCAGGGAAAGGAGGCCUAGGAUGCCUGGGGCCCAGCGGCCUCUUCCCUCCUGGCGUCCCCGGCGGCCUUCGCUCCCAGGCCCCGCAGUCUCAUUUGCCGCUUCCGACGCGUGACCCCGGCGCGCUAGCGUCCGGGACCGGUGACAGGCGCAGGGUGCGCCAAGCGGUCCCAUGUGUCCCCUCCCUCUCGCGGCCGCCGCAGUCGCUGCGCCCCGAGCCUCGCUCCGGCUCCUCAACAGAGCGCUCGCUGCCGCCAUGUCUACCGCUCGGCCACUCAAAUCCGUGGACUACGAGGUGUUCGGGAGAGUGCAGGGUGUUUGCUUCAGAAUGUAUACAGAAGAUGAAGCUAGGAAAAUAGGAGUGGUUGGCUGGGUGAAGAAUACCAGCAAAGGCACCGUGACAGGCCAAGUGCAGGGGCCAGAAGACAAAGUCAAUUCCAUGAAGUCCUGGCUGAGCAAGGUUGGAAGCCCUAGUUCUCGCAUUGACCGCACCAACUUUUCUAAUGAAAAAACCAUCUCUAAGCUUGAAUACUCUAAUUUUAGUAUUAGAUACUAAUAGAAGAGAAAAAUUGUAACACUUACACUGAACAAUAGAUACUGUAGGUUCUUAAGACUAUGUAUACUAGAAUAAUCGUAGCAGAGUAGGGUGAAAAGGAACUUUCUGUUCUGAAAGCUAAGCGACUGUAUGUGUUACUAAAAAUGUCUGACACUGAAAUAAUUUUACUCAACUAUGUUUUCAACAAGCAAAAAUAUAGUAUUCUAAGAUUAAAAUGUCAUAAAAUAUUUAGUAUGAACAUUUAAUUUAAACUUGUCUCAUGGAAUCUUCAAUUUCAAUGAACAUUACAGCAUAUAUAUGUUAUUUGGAGAAACAUAAAGUUAACCAUUUAAAAAUUAUUUUCA